AUGUCAGAAGAGGUCUUUGCAUUCAAUGCAGAUAUCCAACAACUAAUGAGUUUGAUCAUCAACACCUUCUACUCUAACAAGGAGAUCUUUUUAAGAGAGCUGAUCUCAAAUGCCUCAGAUGCACUUGAUAAGAUCAGAUACAAGUCCAUUACGGAGCCUGAGCAACUUGAAACCGAGCCUCACCUUGGUAUUAAACUGAUUCCAGACAAGUCAAACAACACCCUCACAAUCUUGGAUACCGGUAUCGGUAUGACUAAAGCUGAUUUGAUCAACAACUUGGGUACUAUUGCCAGAUCUGGCACCAAAGCCUUCAUGGAAGCAAUUUCUGCUGGUGCUGACAUCUCCAUGAUUGGUCAAUUUGGAGUAGGCUUCUACUCUGCUUAUUUGGUGGCUGAAAAAGUAAUUGUGAUAUCUAAGAACAAUGAAGAUGAACAAUACAGAUGGGAGUCUAAUGCAGGCGGUACUUUUUCAGUGGUUAAGGAUGAGUCUGUAGAAAAACUCAACAGAGGCACAAAGAUCAUCUUGCAAAUGAAGGAGGAUUAACUUGAGUACCUCGAGGAAAGAAAGCUCAAAGACCUGGUCAAGAAGCAUUCUGAAUUCAUUGGCUUUACUAUUGAACUUCUGGUAGAAAAAUCUAAAGAUAAAGAGGUCACUGAAUCAGAUGAUGAGGCAGAGGUUGAGAAGAAAGAUGAAGAGAUGAAGGAAGGAGAUGAGCCUAAGAUUGAAGAAGAAACUGAGAAGAAAGAUAAGAAGAAGGACAAAAAGAAGAAAAAGAUCAAGGAGGUCACCCAUGAAUAUGAACAACUCAACAAGACCAAGCCCAUUUGGAUGAGAAAACCUGAAGAUGUAUCAAAGGAAGAGUACGCUUCUUUCUACAAGAGUCUUUCUAAUGACUGGGAAGACCAUCUUGCAGUCAAGCACUUCUCUGUUGAGGGUUAACUAGAGUUCAAAGCUCUGCUAUUUGUACCAAAGAGAGCUCCAUUCGAUCUAUUUGAGACUAAAAAGAAGAAGAAUAAUAUCAAGUUGUAUGUUAGAAGAGUCUUCAUAAUGGACGACUGUGAGGAAUUAAUCCCAGAGUGGCUUGGCUUUGUCAAAGGUGUAGUUGAUUCAGAGGACCUGCCUUUGAAUAUUUCUAGAGAGACCCUGCAACAGAACAAGAUCCUUAAAGUUAUAAAGAAGAAUAUAGUUAAGAAGUGCCUUGAGAUGUUCGCUGAGCUACAAGAAAACCAAGAAGACUACAAAAAGUUCUAUGAGUAGUUCUCCAAGAACCUCAAGCUUGGUAUCCAUGAAGAUUCAACCAACAGACAAAAGAUAUCAGAGCUACUCAGAUUCCACACAUCAAAGAGCAAUGAAGACCAGAUGUCAUUCAAGGAGUAUGUGUAGAGAAUGAAGGAGGGGCAGAAGGACAUCUUCUAUAUUACAGGAGAGUCAAGAGCAGCAGUGUCUAGCUCACCAUUCCUUGAGGGUCUAAAGAAGAGAGGCUAUGAAGUACUUUAUCUUGUUGAUCCCAUUGAUGAAUAUAUGGUACAGUAAUUGAAGGACUAUGAUGGAAAGAAAUUGAAAUCCUGCACAAAGGAGGGGCUUGACUUGGAGGAUACUGAGGAAGAGAAGAAGAAAAAGGAGGAAUAAAAAGCCAAGUUUGAACCACUCUGCAAAGUAAUGAAGGAUGUGCUGGGAGACAAGAUUGAGAAGGUUGUGGUUAGCACUAGAAUUGAUGAAUCACCUUGUGUUCUUGUGACUGGAGAGUAUGGCUGGACUGCCAACAUGGAGAGAAUUAUGAAGGCACAGGCACUUAGAGACUCCUCAAUGACUUCAUACAUGGUUUCAAAGAAGACUAUGGAAAUCAACCCUAACAAUCCAAUCAUUGAUGAGCUGAGAAAGAAGGCUGAAGUAGACUAAGCUGACAAGACUGUCAAGGAUUUGAUCUGGCUGCUCUUUGAUACUUCUCUCUUAGUCAGUGGAUUCUCACUGGACGAGCCAAACACCUUUGCUGGUCGCAUUCACAGAAUGAUCAAACUUGGUCUCUCGAUCUUUGAGGAGGAGACAAAGGAAGAUGAAUUGCCACCACUUCUGGAAAGUGAAGCUCAACCUGAGUCAAACAAGAUGGAAGAGGUUGAUUGA